AUGAAGUGUACCCAGUUCAAUCCCAAAACAAAUUUGUCAAAAAUCAAAAUUAAAUCUGAUUUCUCAAUUCUCAAAUCGUCAAAAUCUCAAUCCAUCGCCAUUUCUCAUACUCUGCGUCCGCAGCCGUUCGCUGCCGCUCUCGGUCAAUGUCCCGCCGCCGCUGCCGUCUGCAAAGCUCAUUUACCGCCGUCUAAACCCUUGAAGGCCAGUGAGAGGCUUUUAUUCAAGCCGAUAUCCGCUGUUAGUUCAGGUUUGGAGGCUUCAAUUACGGAGCCAAAUGUGAUUAGCGUGAAAAACGUCGAGAUAGUUGUGGAGUCUCAAGAUGAUGAUAAGAUACAAGUAAGGGUGGAUUUGUUAGGAAAAGAGACGCAGACGGUGUUCGAUAAAGUUCUGAGAAGUUUGGCCAGAUCAGCUCCACCUGUUCCCGGUUUUCGCCGUGAAAAGGGAGGGAAGACAACUAAGGUCCCAACGGAUUUCCUUCUACAAAUUCUGGGUGAAGCUCGAGUUACGAAUUUCGUUAUCCAGGAAAUUGUUAGCUCAACGUUGGCUGAUUAUGUGAAGAAGGAAAAUCUUACUGUAAAGGAAAAUAAAGUUAACACCAUACAAACUGCUGAAGAACUAAAGUCGGUUUAA